AUGAAACCUAAAGACCAAUUAGGAUGCGACAUCCGUGACAUGUAUAUGAAAACAUCCGACCAGUCAGCGAAGAAAUUGUGUUGUCCAUUUUGUCAAAAGUUGUUCAUAAAAUUGGCAAGACACAUGGAAGUGAAGCAUUAUCAGCAGCCCGAUGUUCAAAAGUUCAUGAAACUUCCGAAAGGUUCAAAAGAGCGUCGAGCCAUACAAGAUUCUUUGCGCAAAAUUGGUCAGGAUAAUUUCAAUAAAAACGCUGCAUUGAACAAAAAGGAACUCAUUCCUAGUCGGAGAUCGAACCCAAAACACAAUCGAAAAGCUGUCGAUCAAAAAACCUGUCCUUAUUGCUUCGGUUCGUACGCUAAGUCCGGAAUUCAUUUCCACAUUAAGAACAAGUGCCCACAGAAACCUAUCGAAGAUGAAAGAACAAAGGGAGAGCGUGUACUACCAGCGUUGACGUCUUCAGUGGAGCGGCGAUACCGCGAAAACGCAUGUCCGGCUUUACAGGCCGUAUUCGAUAAUUGUCACAACGACGAUAUUGUUCGUGGUGUUAGAUUUGAUUGGCUCGCCAUAGUGUAUGGCAACAAAUUGACAUUGAAAUACAGUAAACCAAGACAUAGGAAAAUGAUCAAAAAUCGAAUGAGACUGAUCGGACGGGUUUUGAGUGCGUUGAAAAUUAUCGAGCCAGAAGUCACCGAAUUAGCACGCUUUCUCGUGCCAAAAUAUUACGAUCGAGUGGUGGAGGCAAUCAGAACCGUUGCCCGUGUUGACGAAGUGCGCAACGAAUUCGUUGCACCAGCCACUGCAUCCAGUGCCGUUACCGCUAUUAGACAGAUCUGUGAAAUGCUUAUUGUGGAAUACAUUAAACAAGACGAUCAGGAGAAUCAGCGCACUACCCGAGAUUUUUUGACGGUAAUGAACUCUGACAUGCACAUUUCGAUCAACAAGAUGGUCAAUGAAACCCAGAGCCGGAUGGCACGGCAAAGGACAGUGAUUCUACCGUCGUCGGACGAUGUGAAACGACUUGCGCAAUACCUCGAAGCAGAACGAACUGCAUAUUACAACGAGUUGUCACAAUCGUACAAUUUCGAUAGUUGGAAACGUUUGAACGAACUCGUUAUGGCAUCUAUAAUUAUCUUCAACAGAAGACGUGUUGGAGAUACGGAAAAUAUUUUGGACGAAGACUUUGCGCGUAAGGAGAUGAUAAACGACGACACAAGUGCAGAGCUUUUGUCGACCCUCCCAGAACAUUCAAAACAAAUUGCAACCCAGUACAGCCGAAUGAAGGUGUUGGAAGCUGCCCAGGGUAAUUUGACGGUCACAAAUGAAGAUGCAGUUCAAAGCGGACAAGAGCACGUCAAUAAGGGUCGUAAACGGAAGUCGGUAUCAUCAGAUCUAAAGGGAACGAAAUCGAAGAAAAUCAUGAUUUCCGCAUCGAAGUACGUGAUUAAGAAGUUGAACGGCGACAAUUACUUCAACUGGCGAUAUAAGAUGAAAAUGAUACUAAUCGAAAAGAGUGUGUGGAAUGUAGUCGAUGAAACCGUAGACGUACCGAAUCCAAUCACCCUGAAUGGCGAAAGAACGACGAAAGUGCACAUUCCACAAUUGCGUUAA